AUGAAUCGGAGACCCAAUACUACCCACAAAUCUGCUGAUCUACCCAUGUCAAAACUAUCAACGCAUCACCUUGUCAAUUUUGGACUGCAGGUUGCUCAUGGAAUGAACUAUCUAACUAGGUUAAACAUUGUUCACCGAGAUUUGGCCGCACGAAACAUUCUAAUUGGAGAUGGAUUUGUUGCGAAAAUAGCUGAUUUCGGACUUACUAGAGCCGCUUGCGACUACUACAGAAAAUGUAGCGACGUAAGUCAUUUACAUUUUCAUUUCUCUCGGAAUAACUUCAUACUAGUGUUGUUUAGUGAUUCAUAUAGAAAAAAAGGUGAAAGCUUCAUAUGUUUGUGCUAG